UAGCUGUGGAGAUGUGAGACAGGCUACCAGAGGUAGAAUCCCUGCUAUCCAUGAUGCUGAGACUGAAUAAGAGGAAAGCUGGUAAUGUACGAAGGGGAGCGUGGCGCAUCCAUGUAAGGUGCUAGUAAUAUUUCUAUUGUGGUAUAAGGGUCUUUUAUAUAAAGGUCAUUUCUUGCAAAGUUUGACUAAUAUAUCAUGCUUAUCACUUACUUCAUUUUUAUCAGACUUAUUUAUUCCUAAUAAAAUAAAUAAAGCCACAAAGUAUUGUUUUUAUUUGUGAAUUUUAUGCAGGCAGUCCUGUACGGGUGACACAAACUCUUUCUUCUUGCCCUAAAGAACAUACUGUACUCAAGGCUACCAAAAGAACACAGCCUAAUGUCUGCUUUCCUACAAGUAUAUCAUUGUGGGCUAUUUGAAGAAAUAGAAUGUUAAAUAUGUUUCAUGAUUGGAACCAUGAAAAGGGCAUAGGUUAAAAUUAGAACUAGACUGACAUUGCAUUGGAGUCUGAGUGAGAGUUUUAGAUGGCUUUGGUAAUGCAGACAAGAUCCAUAAUUUAUCUCCGCUCUUGUCCAGAAAGCAAUGAGUCACAGAAAAUCCUUGAAAACACCAAAUAAUUGAGUGGUGCAUUGAGCCUGAAAUUCAGUCAGAUCCCUGCAAGCAAAUCUGAACAUGUAAGGGGUCAUGGCUGAAACUGCAGUGUGCCUGGGAACAUUCACUGCUGUGAAGACACUCUGGGAAGUGAGAAUACACAAGAUAAAUGAAGAAUUACAGAAAGAAAAGGAAUUCAGGCAGAGGUCUGCAGGAAGGCUACUGCUUCUCUGGGAGGAGAGAGCUGCUUUAGCAAAACUCAAAGAAAAAGUUAUUAAUGAAGGUGGAAGAGCAAUUUUAAGGAUAGAGGAAGAAGAAUGGAAGACAUUACCUUCCUGCUUAUUGAAGCUAAUCCAUCUCCAGGAAUGGCAGCUUCACAGAACUAAUUUGCAGAAAAUUCCUCAGUUUAUUGGAAGAUUUCACAACCUUGUUGUUCUGGAUCUGUCCCGGAACUCCAUUGAAAAUGUACCUAAAGAAAUCGGCCAGCUGACCAGCCUCCAAGAGCUGCUUCUCAGUUACAAUAGAAUAAAAUCUGUUCCUAAGGAAAUAAGUAACUGCAUCAGUCUGGAAAGAUUGGAACUGGCUGUCAACAGAAGUAUCUGUGAUCUUCCUCCUCAGCUCAGUGACUUAAAGAAGCUGUCACACAUAGAUCUGUGCAUGAAUCAGUUCACUGCCAUCCCUUCAGCUCUCCUCAACAUGCCGAGUCUCGAGUGGUUAGACAUGGGGGGAAACAAACUCCAGGAGCUUCCUGAUGCAAUUGACAGAAUGGAAAACCUCCACACUUUAUGGCUCCAAAGGAAUGAAAUAAACGCUUUGCCAGAAACCAUUGGUAAUAUGAAAAAUCUUAGUACUCUUGUUCUUAGCAACAACAAACUUAAGAGUAUUCCAGCUUGUAUGAAGGACAUGACAAAUCUGAGAUUUGUCAACUUCAGAGACAACCCACUGGAGCUAGAGGUAACACUCCCUCCAUGUGAGAACACAGACGAGGAGGAGCAACAAGAAAUGUUUGGCAUUGAUUUCAUGCAUGUGUAUAUCCAGGAGUCACUCAAGAAAACAGGAAAUGUGGAAAGUUGUACUUCUGGUUCUCCCCCUGCCAUGAAUCCUAAUGAAUAAAGAAUGUAACUGUGAAUGAAGAAAAUAUCAAGCACACUUCUUCACAGCAAAGAGGCUACAACAGGUUUCAAAUUUUCUUAGGGUUUUUAUUUUUUCACUGAUGAGAUCUGGUUGGCAUAUCUGUAAUUCCCAGUGAAACUGGAAAAUACGAGACCUUUUCCUGGGUAUAGGAAAGAUGAUAAAAGGGGUGUUUUUUUGUAAGAAAUGAAUUAGCUUUUUAAAAAAAAACCCAGAUGAGUUUUACAGAGUUUGGUUUUUUUCCCCUACCAAUUCCAAAUUAUCUCCUAUCAUAUAGUUGGCUCUGGUGUCAAAGAAGGCUUUGGGACAGCUGUCAACAGGACAUUCUCCAAGGAUACAGCAGACUCAGUAUAAUACUGCAGUGCAGCCUCGUAUCCUUGUUGCUGUAAAUACUCAAUCCGUCCGUGAUCGAUCAGCCGUUUACAGAGGCAACCGAUCUCCUUUCGUUCCUCAGCACUCAGGAGCCUAGUUCCAGAGAAAGGAAGGAAUGAACAGCUGUCAGAAAAUAGUUUUGGUAAUUAACAUUAGUAGUUAAGCUUAGAAAAACUACCAAAAUCCGUGUAAGUUCAUUUCAGUCAGGCAAGCAUGACUGCUGAAAUAUUUUGAAAUGUACGUCCAUGAAAAUUGUAUUUUUAAAGUAAAAUACUUCUGUAAGUUUAGUAAUUAAAUGUUUCUACAAAAUGAGUCCUUUGGAGGACCCAAAACAAUUUAAUGUGCCACUAUACAUAGCUUUUCUGCUGGAGUCCAUAUGCUAGGAAAAAAAUGCACGUACCCUUGUAAAGUAUCAGAACUACUCUCUGUCCUGCUGAGCGUUUGCUCGUGUUCUUCUGUGUCAUUAGUUUGAUCUUCAGUGUCUUCACUUGUAGAAGCUUUGCUUGUGGUUUCCUGCAUGCCACAAGUGGCCCAACUACUCAUUCUCUGAAAAUAAUGGAAUUCUACUGGUCCCAGUCCUACUGAUUUAAAGAAAUCUCUGCCCACAUAAUGUGUCCAGUCACACUUGUGAUGGCAACACAGAGCAAUAACAAUUCCAGCUACAGGCUUGUGGGCAUCUGUGGUGCUUUCAUUACCAGCAGAUUUGUGAGGAGCCACCUCUGUCUGAUCAGCCCUGCAGCGUUUUGGUGCAGGCUCUUCAUCUUCUUCAUCACAGCAGAUGGUGUAACUUUCAACCAAGCAUCUCAAAGCAAGAUCUGGGAACGAAUAAAUACAUCCCCCCAACAAAAAACAUCCAUGAACACCAUGUCAUUAUUUAUACAGGCUCUAUCAUGGUUGGGAAUGUGCUUCCCACAAAGAAACAUCAAAUUACGCAUCACAAACUAAGCCAGAAAGCAAGUUCAGCAAUAACUUAAAAUUAAAAACUUGCUUUGAAAACCUAAAUGUGGUUUCCAUGAGGCUUCUAAGAGCUUAUCCUCUGAAAUACUUGUUCUGCAAAAGUAAAUUUAAGAUAGUUUAGUUAACAAAUUGGCAUAUUGUAGGAGAAUCUCCCCCUCUAAAACACACAAGUAUUUGCUCUAAAAGUUUGAUAUCUAAGACACAAUCUAUUUAAUUUGCACAUGUACUUCUUAAAUGCUUAACUGUGUCAUCUUUGUCACGCAACCUCUAAAGGUGGCAUAUUUGAGCUGACUUUCUCUACAUAGCAGCCGUGUAACAUUAGAAAAUCUGUAUUAUCAGGACAGAAACACAAUCUUAUUUGUGUAUGGGAUAUAUUACUCAGGCAGCCAAUAAAAACUUUGAAGCAAUUUUCUUUCUAAGAAGAGGCAACUGUGCUAAAAAAAGUACUCUCAAAUACAUGACUAGUUCCACCACACACUAUUCUCUGUUCUAACCUAUUAAAGCCAAGAAGGGCUUCACUUCUGCCUAAAAUAUCCUUACAUCUACUAAUUACUGUUAAUUACUGGGUACACCAACCAAGGGCUAGAGGGCAAAACAGCUUAACAGGACAGUUUGGAAGAUCAGUCCAUUCCGAGAGUAAGGUUUAGUAUCCUGCCUUUCUGCAGUUCACACAUCUGUAAUUCAUACCUGUCGCAGCACCACACAAAUGCUUCCCAAUUCCUACCACUGGUAGUUUUUUCUUCUCCAAAACAGGUACCUUAUCUGGAGGGAAAAAAAAACCAACCAAUUCCCAUCCAAUCCACAACUACCCCAGCACCUCUGGGUUUUUUCUGAAUUAUAUAAUUUCAGCACACUUAGAAAGAAAUGUUUGCCACCACUAAAAAUACAGUGAUUGGCACAUUCAGUUAUAAGCUAUUCAAAGGAAGGAGUCUUUUGUUAAGACAAAUGAAAAGCAUAGGGUGCUGUGGCUGGGAAGCACAUUUAACCAUUUCAGCCUUUCUAUACUGCCUGUGAAAGGUAAAUGUGACAUUAAUGCAUCUCCUGCUGACAGGUGCUCCCACAAAUUCUGUAGCAUUGAUGGUGCAUCACUUGCUUAAUUCUACACAUAAACAAUGCAAACGUGUUUAAUUCUGCAAGUGCUGAAAAAACUUCAAAAUGUAUUUGUUUUGGUACUUCUCACCUGUAAUGAUGUCCUAUGAGUGUAUAAAAAGCAGAAGACUUUAAAACUCCAUUUGUAUAUGUGUCUCUGUGUAUAUUCACACAUGCCUGUGUAUAUAUAUAUGUGUAUACACACAGCAUCAACGUGUCCAAGCAACCACUGAGAAUAAUCUUCAGAACCCAAGCACAUUUAAGCAUGUAAUACACAAACUGACUGGAACCCCAAUUCAAAAUUUAAAAAGCUUCUAUUUCAGAAUGACACAGGCCAAGAAGGAACUUACUUAAACAUAAGUGCUGAAUGUCUAUUUGAAGCCUCUCAAAUAUAGAAUCUCUCCUUUUGUGUUUUCCAUCCACCUGUUUAAACAGAACAAGAGAUUACAUAGGCCAAUAAUAAUCAUAAUUCUGCUCCAGGUAUUAAUGUCACACUUUUUUCUUGUGGACAUCUGUGAAUUUCCAACAUGAAGC